AGCAUUGGUUGCCCAUAUACUAAACUUCGAUAAUUAUUAUUACAAAAAUUGAGGGGGUGUUUGAUUUCGUAACAGCUGUAUACAACCACUCCCAACAGAAGAACACACGAUUGCGUUUAUCGUGUGUUAUCGGAGUUGACACCGCUAAAGUCAUAUCUCUGGAUCAUUUCUGCCCACUGACAGGAUAAAUAAUUUCUAGGUUAGGGUGGCUGGCAGACAAUGCCAGGUGUAACACCAAGGAACAUGAAUGGUUAUAACGACUACAAUGGAUAUGGCCGCUACAAUGAUAGAGAUCACUACCCCAGCAGUUACGUGGACUCGUAUUCCUCCCCGCGGAGGCCCCCUCCCUCCUCCUAUAGGGGCUCAGAGUUCAGGUUAGAAUUGAAUACAGCCAGAGAUGAUGACUUCGGCAAGAUAAACAAUGGUUACGAGCAACACAGUAUGGAUAGUCGGGCCGACCCCAUCCAGGGCUUUGAGGUGGAUCACCUGGCCACCUAUACCUCCAGAUCAGGUCCCAUGAGUGUGGAAGAUGGCCUGAGAAAACUGAAACAUAUGGAGAACACAACCGGUAUCUGGACAAUGAGAUGUGAGAUGGUUGUGGAGUCAAGAGACAUUGUCAUCAUAGACAAAGGCAAUGGGGAAGAACAAGAGAGAUUCACCCUGCAGACUGUCCUGGAGCCAACAGCUGUAGUUGAUGACAAAAACCAUGAGGUUUACUCCAACCUCAUCCUGUUCACAGUCAAAGAGGACCCCAGAAACAAAUACUCACCUACAGACAUGCAUAUCUUCCAAAGCACAGACAAAAUGGCUCCAACAAUUGUAGAUGAAAUAUUAGCAGCUAAGGAAGGUCGCCGACGUCCAAACUAUCAAGGUCCAAAUGGUGUUCCUCCUAGACCUCAGGGUCCCGCCCCUAACCCUCCUUAUGGCGGGAGUCGUUGGAUUGGUAGGAACAUGGGCAAGUCUUACUUUAGCUAUUCCCCCGCGGGUAGGUCCUACCCUAGCGGUGGUCACCAAUAUUCUGCCCGUGGCAGUUACGUAGACCCUCCCCAGUCUCACCAAGUCGCCAACAGCUAUCAGUCAUCGUCCAAGACUUGGGUCGACCAAGAUUUCCAGAAUGCCACCCUGCCGGAUUACGGUGGGGGUAGCACUGUGGCUAACUAUGCGAGUUCCAGUGUGAGUCAGAGACAGGGCUUGGGCCAGUCUAUGAACCCACGUGCAUCCUACUUGCCAAACAUGGAGGACUCUGGACAAAACGAGGUGCUAGAGAGGGAUGUGCAAUUACUAAAUUGCUGUUUUGAUGACAUCGAGAGAUUUGUCUCUCGACUCCAAGCAGCAGCCGAGUCAUACAAGGAACUUGAAAGACGAAAGAGGGAACGUAAUGCCAGAAGACACAAAACGCGUGGAGGAGAGGGAUUAUUGAAUAUGAAAGCGAGACCUCCACCUGCAGAAGACUUUGUUGACAUUUUCCAGAAAUUUAAAUAUGCCUUCAAUUUGUUGGCUAAGCUGAAGGCACACAUUCACGAUCCUAAUGCUCCGGAGCUUGUCCACUUCCUGUUUACACCUCUCAGUCUCAUCUUCGAGGCAAGUCGUGACCCAAUACAUGGAGGGGCUGAUCUAGCAAACCAUGCCAGAUUCCCUCUCCUUUCACCAGAGUCUAAACAACUCCUCCUCAAUUGCCUGACCUCAAAAGAACUGGAACUAUGGCAGGCCCUGGGCCAACACUGGACAACAACCAAGGAUGAGUAUCACGGACCAAUGGAACAGUACAACCCUCGAUUCUUCAACGGUUGGACGCCCUCCCCUCCGGUGGCCCCAGACAGCCGCAUGAUGAUGGAGAAUGCAGUUAACAAUAUGGGUCAUCAGAUAGACCAGAGGAACAAGGCUUACAACUCACAUGGUGUUGAUGACCUUAUGAUGCCAUACCCCCGACCUGAUGGGCGGAGUUUUAGACCAGUGGAGCGACCAGAUGUCGAGGAGGAUUUGUAUGCAAGGUCAACAAAGCCGUCAUCACAGCCGCCCCCAGGGGCGAUUCCCAACACUAACGUAGCACAGUACCAGGAAUAUGUUGAGAAACACAUUGAUAGAAAUAAAGGAAUAAACCAGUCAUCACGACCCAGCCCGACCCCAGCCAAACCAAAGAAUAGACAGGAGGAAAACUUACAGUUUGCCAAGGAUCUACAGAGUCAAAACAAAAUAAUGUAUGAGAUUGUACAUGAGCGAGAUGGCAGAAAUGAAAAGGAGAUCACAGUUCAGAAAGGAGACAUUGUGGAGGUAAUUGACAGCAGUCGUAAUUGGUGGAAGGUGAGGAAUUAUAUGGGCGAACAGGGAUACGCCCCCUACACAAUAAUGAAGGAAUACACGCCCUCCUCAAACUUUGGAGCCGACCGGAAUGACUUCAAUAACAGACACAGUGGAGACUACAAUAUCUCUAUUGCACCACGCCACAACAUUCCCGUGCCUCCACCCAUGCCCCCAGACAACCGUAUGGGAGCUCGUAGAGGUGAAUCAUUGCGCUACUUUAUUCCAGAUAGUGAUGAUAAUGACUAUGACGGGCGGGGGAGAAGACCGGACCGUAAUCGAGACAAGAGUGACAGGUCGUUCGGUAGUCAUAACGACAGUAACUAUAGCAGCAGUAACGAGGACAGCAUUGAUCGUGACGGCACUUGGGACAGACAUGACGACAGACGCGACGGUCGUCGUCAUGAUGACAGACGUGAUGGUCGACGACACGAUGACAGACGAGAUCGACGCGACGAGAGAAGAGAUGAAAGACGAGAUGACAGGCGUGAAGAGAGAAGACACGAGAUACCCCAAAGCCCGGUACCGCCUCCACCACCAACUACAAGACCUCCAGCGAUUAAGAAGUCAAAACAACCGUCUGUUAAGCCGAAACCAGCUCCUAAGAAUGACCUACAUGAUGAACUGAAGAAGAGAGUUAGUACCCACGUGAUUGAGGCGCCAAAGGGAACGACGUACAUAUCGAAAUACUCGGAGCCAGACGAGGUUAAGGACUGGUUACUCACCAAGGGCUUUAGCAGGCACUGCAUCAACACAUUUGACGGGUAUAAUGGUGAAGAACUGUUUGCCUUACAAAAGAAGGAAAUGAACCGGUUUUUAGAAAAGGACGAGGCUCACAAACUGGACAGCAUGCUGCUGGUACAGAAGAAAAUCAGCAACUAUGGCACGAGAGGUGGUUCAGAGCUUAGGAAAAUCCUAGAGGACAGGAAGAAGAAGGCGGAGACGUCGACAUCCGCACACAUUGGCUCUCCUCCUUCGUUCGCCCCCGAAUCCCCUGAUUACAGUGAAGAAGAUUCUGACAAUAUCACGUUUUGGAGAAAAUACAAACAGAUUUUGAAAAUAUGCUGGACACAUAUUGAGUUCCUUAAUGGCAAUGGUUCCUCCUACUCGGAUGACUUCGCUAACGCGGGGAAGACAUUGAGGGCAAUGUUACAGCAACGCAGGAGAAAAAUCCAUACUGCCACAUAUCAGCAGGACAACAGGAUUGAAUGAAAUUCAAUAUUCAACAUUCGUUCUGAUUAGGGCACAUUCAAUAUUCAACAUUCGUUCUGAUGUUAGGACACAUUCAGUAUUUUUCUAAUACGGAGAUUUCAUUCAAAUCAUUUAUUUCUUGGUUGCCAUCUUUUUGUGAUAGAUUUUCAACGCACUUCACUUCAGUUAUUGUAAAUAAAAUUUGUCAGUAUGUAAAAACAUUACAUGAUACGAUUUUUGUAAAACUAACUGUGCAUUGUAAAUAUUAUUUUGCAAUAUACAUAAACACCGUUUAUAAAUCUACUGACCACACAGCCGAUCUUGGUGCAACAACCAGCGUUUUGGUUUUGCAUAAUUAUACAGCUAGGUUUUUAAACCAACCUGAUGGCAUGCCGAGUCAACUGGCUUUUCUUCAGGAGCAGAUCGGCUCUGUAAGACUUAAUGUAAAUAUAUAUAUAUAAUAUGGUUACAAGGAUGCCUACUAAGAUGUUAAGCGUAUAUAUAUAAUGUAUUGUUACAAACUAAUGAGAAAUAUAUUCAUUAUUGUUAUGAGAAAUUUUGUAAUUUUUCAAAAGAUAUUCUUUACAUGUAUUAUAUGUCACAAACGUUAAGAUACAUUGUAUAUAACAAUGAAAUAAGAUAUCAUGCAAACAAAUAUUUCAAAAAUAUAUAUCAUACUAUGUUACACAUCUUAUCAAUUGUAUAGUCUAUCUUAUACAACUGUAUAUUACUUUAUUUUGUGUCUACCCAAGACGUUAACCUACACACAGAAUUGAAUAAUUGAACCGAAAUAUAAUAUGAUUAAUAAAUGUGAUUAUAUUCAUGAUUUGUAUUGCAAUAUCAUUUAAUGAAUGAAUGAAAAGUUUGUUUUCUAUACUGCCCUAUCACAAUUAUUUUCCAACAAUAUUCGCUAUGGGAGUGGCUGUUCCUAUUUUGAGAUCCUCUGCUGGUAUCGACACUGCCACUAUAAUUAUGAUACCACGACAACAUAUCCACAUAUACGCCUGCCAAAUUCUUGCUGUACAGUGUGUUGGGAGUAUUGUAACAUGUUUCACUGUAAACCCUGGUGUAGACUUGUUUUUGUCGUGAACUUGCGUCCAUUUUUGUGGACUUUGGUGUAUUAUUUGCCGUCGUUGUUGAAAAAAAGUAUUGAAUUACGUUCGAUUUUGAUACCCAAGAACACACAAAAUUGAAUAAUUGAACCGAAAUAUAUGAUUAAUAAAUGUGAUUACAUUCGAUUUUGAUAAAGAACAUUUUCAUCUUCUAAAAUAGAAGGUAACUUACUUGUUUAAUUCCUUCAUAUAAUUGUCAGUAAUGAUCGACAACCCGAGAGUUACGUUGUCCUGAGUGAGGAAAACUCCAUCAUUGUAAUUGAGAUGUAUAUUCAUAGAAGUAUAAGCAUUUACAAAAAUGGUUAAAAUGAGGAAGUAAAAGAAAAACAUAUCACUGCAGUUUUUAUUCUGAGAGUGAUGUGUGACAUGAUUCAUAUAAAGCAAUAUAUAAUAAAUAUGCAAAUUUUAGAGUGACAGGGUUAUCGAUUUCCUAAUCAGUAAGGAAUAUUUUCCUCGUUAGUUAGGAAAAUUGUCGAAUGUAUGUAAAUGUUUUAUAUUUUUGCAGAUACAUAGUACAAUAUACUAAUACACGUGUUUGUUAGGCAUAUGUAAUACACGUGCUCUGUAGGUUGAUGAAUUACACGUGUUUUGUUGACUGUUUAACAAUGCCGUAUAAUACACAUUUCGAGCAUAUUUGUUACGUUACCUAUCUUGCCAUAAUGUUGGAUCACAUGUGUUGUUUCCAUAAUGAUCAUUUAAACAUUUAUUUUAUCUACAGAUCAUCAUAAAACAGGAUCAAUGGUUGUGAACUGUUGUGACAAUCAAAAUAUUUUGAAUUUUGUACAUGUGUCCAGGUAAAUAAUUGUCUUAGUAUUAUCAUGCUGGUAUGGUAGACAUUUUACUAUUCUUCCAUAUGAAUUACUAGUUUACAACGUGCCAUGGUUUCCUUUUUUUAUACUGCUGUAUAUUCAUGUAUUGCUGUUUGCAUCACUGGCUGGCCAGAAUAUAAACUUACUUAACAUAUACACCUUACAUGUGAUAGUACUGUAUCAUGCAUAUUUGGAUUCUUAAUAAAGUCAUUAAGAGAAUACCGACCGCUUAACGAAACCGCGAUUCCAACUUCAUAACAAACUAUGAACAACAUUAAGAUUUUGGGGACACCCUUAAAAAAAUACAAGGAGAAAAAUACCAAGUUUUCUAGGGGCAACGACAAAUCGCCAUAAUGAUAUGAAAUCUAACUGAGCUGGUGUUAGUAAUAUUCCUUAACUUAAAGAAGAUCCUUAACCGUCUAUAGGAAAGCGUUACAGAAUCUAGGGAAGGUUCCUUAGAUUCUUUCCGUAGUUGAUACCGCAUAAUAUACAUACAGUAUGUAUUGUUGCUUGCUUAAUAAUGCUAAGGCAUUAUAUCUAAUUAGAACUGGACAUGCUAUGAGGUUGGUAUUCUUUUGAUAAUUUCACUUUUAUUAACAACAUCACGUAGAAGUUUUAUAUUUCUUGGAGAUUUUCUUUACAUAACUGAUCUACAUCGAAUACGUUUCUAUGAUAAUCUAUUCCCAGUGCUGUUUUGUGGGAUCAAUAGAAUAUUACAUAGGUCUGUUCCAUGAACAGGGAUAUCUCAGUUCGAGUGUAAAGAGUUUGGCCAGUUAGCACGAGGCUGUCCUAGUAGUGCUAGCUAGCCAAACUCGUACACCAGGGUCGAUAUAUCCCUGUCCAUGGUAAGGCCCGUGUUUGAUUGUUAUUAUUUAUCUCCCACCCCUAUCAACCACGGGAUCACCUUGUGAAGUAUAUGAAAAAAUCAAGUUCUUUGUUCUUUCUACUGCCUCUUCAUUUCCUGUUGUUUUGAUAUGGAAUUCGCAACUAUUUUGUUUAACCACAAUACAUUCAAAAUUGUUUCCUAAUUCAUAAUAUAUUACACUCAAAUAUUUCCUUAUUUUUUGUGAACAAUGCAAUCUAUUUCUAUCCGUAAAUCAUCAUUGACAUGCAAUUGUAAAUAUGCUAUCUAUCACCCAUUAUUUAUCGUGUGCUACGGCGCCAGGUAUUCAAAACAUGUUAUUGUCCUUUAAUAUAGUCCUCGUUAUCUUCUGGUAAUAUUCAAUACAAAACACUUAAGGGAAAGAAAAAAUAAUGCCAAAUGAUUUGUUUACUUAGAAUUGUUUAUAAUAUAUAUAUAUGCAAUUGUGUUCUUACUGAUCCAAAUGUGAAUGUGAACAAUUAUCACUAGCGAUGAUUCUGACGUUACAAAGAAAUAUGUAUCUAUUAUUCUGAUUUGUAAAGAUGUUCCGAGUAAUCGGUUUGUUACUCAGGUGUAGAAUAUGUAAUGGAAUAUUUCAAGUCAAACAUCUGAAAUCCGAUGUUGUUUUUGUUUUUUUAGGAUGGAUACGAGUCGAUUUUCAGCAAUAUUUCUGGUCCUUUUCACUUAAACGAUUAGCGAAAAGAUCACGUGCUUCGAUAAUAGAUUUAACAUGCAUUUUUGCAUAUUUCAUGUAGGUGUUGCAGAUUUCAACUUCCACCUGCCAAUAAGCAUAGAUAAUCUAUAUAUAGACGAACCCCGUUAUGUCGUAAGUAAGGUAAUCGAAAAAAACUUCGAGAUAUCCCGACUAUAUAAAAUUUUAACUGAACUGAAUUUUAAUUUCGAGAUGAGCAGGGUUUCAAGUUAUCAGAGUUCGAAAUAAAGAAGUUUUACAGUUGCUUUGUUUAUAAGUCGACCCAAAGGACAAUAAAUUGACCCGUAUCUUCAAUUCAGAUGAAAUAUUGAAAAUCUAUAUCUACUGCCAUACUAUUUUAAUACAUAUUGAGGAAAAUAUCAAUAUACUGUAAUGGUUGUUUUGCAAAAGUUUCUCCGUGAUUUCAAUAGAAGAUUGAAACAAAAACUUAUAUUUCUUUGUGUACCUACUUCGUAAGGUAUUAUAAUUUCCUCUACAUUUUCCACUUACAUGUAUAAGGAAUAGAUUUUUCACUUUUCUUUUCUCGAAGAUAACAAAGCCCUUUUACACUAACAACAUUUAUAGUGUGCUUAACGGCGAGAAUCAUCUGCAAGUCUUUUUUUUAAGUAAUUAAACUCUUUGUCGGAUUCCAUAUUAACUUCAUCAUAUACAUUGUAGAUGUAUUGUAUAUAUCAGGUGUGUUUUCUUCAUUGUACUCACAUUUACUUACAUUGAUUGGAAAUACUGUGAAGUGUUUCUUCUAAAUUAUCAUGUUACUAUUCAGAUUAAAGUAUUUGCAACUGAA